AUGCAGUUGGAUUUAGUGCUUCUUGUAUUACUCGUCACGUCGACAACAUUCUGCAAUGGACAAUUCUUUUAUCAUCAACAGUUAGCGCCUGUCUCACAGCCCUAUGCUCAUCCAUCGGUCGUGGAAAAUUCAGUGCACGAAGCUCAGUUGCCGCCAGAACUUUCGAAGAGUAGUCGCUUUUACAAGAAUCCCCAUAUUGCAGCAGCACUGGCAAAAGAAUCAUGGUUUACAGAUAAAGAAAUGCCAGUACUUGACCGUGAGGCUGAGAAGAUACCACGUGAUAUGGUAUAUAAAUUAUUUAAAAAUGCCGGCUAUAUCAAACGUAGAUGA